AGAGUGCAGUAGACAACCGUAGCGCCCUCUGUGCACGCACGCAUCGUCUGCUUCCACAGCGAUACCGCGCGCGCGAGGUACUGUGCUGUAGUUGGUUACCAGUCGACGUUUGGACAGCGAGGACGGAAAAAUGUGGUGCAUCUUGGCAGUUUUGCUCGACGACGGACAGCACAAAUAGAUUCUCCCGUGUUCUUCGGGACGGCGCCGGGAAAGCUGGGUAAGGACUACGUUGCUUUGGAGGACUGCAUGAGCAUCAAGAGCGAGCACAAUCUCACCAAUGCUCUCAUACAGAAUAAUUGUCGAGCCCCCAUAGCGAGUUUGGAAUGCCUGGACGAAGGCACUCUGUCCAGCGAAAGCUCCAUGCCCACCACGAACCCGCCAACGCGCCAGGUUUCCUUGUUCUGUCCCUCUACCAUACGACACAGGAACUUGGGCAAAUCUGGCUUGCGCGUAUCGAACAUUGGGCUUGGGACUUGGGUAACGUUUGGCUCACUCGUUCCCGAAGAAACAGCUGAAGAGAUAGUAACAACCGCCUUUGAAAACGGGAUCAAUCUGUUCGACACGGCCGACAUAUACGCUGGUGGCAAAGCUGAAAUCGUCCUGGGGAAAGUUCUGAAGAAGAAGGCAUGGAAGAGGUCGUCUUACGUUUUGAGCACCAAGCUGUUCUGGGGUCCAAGAUCCGAAAUGGAACGAGGUUUAUCGCGGAAGCACAUCAUAGAAGGCCUGCAGGCAUCUCUAGGGCGUCUACAGCUGGACUACGUAGAUAUUGUCCUCAUCAACAAAGCUGAUCCUAUGUGUCCCAUGGAAGAAAUUGUUCGUGCCUGUACAUAUUGCAUCAACAACGGCAUGACCAUGUAUUGGGGAACGUCCAGGUGGACGACCAUUGAAAUUAUGGAGGCAUAUACAGUUGCCAGGCAGUGUCAUCUGAUUCCGCCAAUUGUGGAGCAAACAGAGUACCACAUGUUCCAAAGGGAAAAGGUAGAAGUUCAACUUCCAGAACUGAACCAUAAGAUUGGUAUUGGCACUAUAUCCUGGUCUCCGCAAGCCUUCGGUGUUCUGACGGGAAAAUUCGACGAAGGAGUGCACCUCUUGUCGCGUGGAUCCUUUAGGCAUUACGUUUCGGCUGUGACUGACAAAGUUGACAGGCCGGAGAAAGGAGUUUGCGAAGAAACAGGACGUGGGCCGAGACACCAGUCUAAAUUGCAGGAGCUUUCCUACAUUGCCGAUAAGCUGGGCUGCACUUGCACGCAGCUGACCAUCGCAUGGUGCCUCAAGUCCGAAAACAUGCACAGUGUCCUGGUAGGAGCGUUGUCGGUGGACCAGUUAUACGACCACCUGGCCGCUUUACAGGUGAUUCCUAAGCUGGGUCCCGUCGUGCUGAGCGAAAUCGAGAAGAUACUGGACAACCGCCCCAACCGAACGCCGUUGCCCAGGUGACAGUUAGCCCUGAGCCAGGAGCCGUGUGCAGGACCGCAGGGCUGUGGCCACGUCCAGGAGGCCGCCAGUGGAAACACGGUGCUAUUACCUGGUGCGACAUCGCACGUGGGUGACUGCGAAAGUGGCUUGGACGAUUGCACGCAAACUAGAUCAAGCGGCAUCCGACGGUUUCUGGCUAGCGUCGCACACGCAUGUGUUAUUCAGUAGUGCCACAGACAUAUGCUUGUGUGUCAUGGACAGUGAUGGCUGCUGCAGCUCGCAGUCGCCACGUUCAUUAUUGCCUCGCCUUAUUCAUUCUUGACGGUAUUACUUUUGUAUACUGCUUGAUAUGGGUUCGAUAUCGAUUCUUGAUAUCGUAGCCUGCACGGACGAAAUAGAAGAAAAAAUGAAGCCGAAGCUGACGGGCUGCGCCACAAUACACGAAAAACAUCGCAACAUGAGCGCUGGACAACUCUUUCGGUCGUAUACUAGGACAUUAUCAGCACAGGGAACAACGUCGGAGGAUCACGUCGGGUAUACAGUAUCCUCCUAGCAGGGUGAGAGGUCCUGGCAUCGUCGGUGCAAGGCCAGCAUAGUAUGCAAGCAGAACACGUUUAUCAUUUAUCGCAUAAGUGUUAUACUCUCUGAGGGAAACCAUGCGAUAUAUCCUCAGACUCCUCUGGAUGUAUCGCCUCUCAUUGCGGCGUGCUCACUUCGACAAUUCUUUUCUACUCUCAUGCACCGUGAAGUUUCGAAGUCUUUUACUACGUCAUUCAACGCGUUUAUGGCGCGUUCGUAUUCGCGUCCUCGACGCCGGCGUUCCAAAGUCUUUACACGACAGCUUAGUCUAUAGUACAUGAAUCAUAUAUACCCACAUCCACCACGAAGACAGUAGGCAGCGUAGCGGUUUUCCCCCUUAUAAUAACCGAACCUAGAACCCAAACCUGAAAGGCCCUUUGCCAACGUCUUCAGAAUAUAACACGGACGGAAGAUCGUGAUUGCCACCUGUGCUUUUCUGGUGGGCAGGACGCUCUCUAUCCACUUAGUCCACAUUUCCAAAUUAGGGCCAUUUUGUAACGGCAUCUACGAUCGCCGAAUUCGCCGUCCCGACGUCUUCACAUGGCCACGGAGAUGAGAACGUAGUAUAGUAGUGAUUAACACAGGCCGCUAUGUUUUCGGCUUCACCCGGUCCUCACGUUCCGAGUUGAACUGCAUGAGGCAACGUCAUCCUGCGGGGCUCCCCGUUGAAAACGAUUCUCAGAGCUUUUAAUUGUGCCUGCCAGCAGAGACUUAGAACAUUUUUUCUGUGCCGUAUAGUUGGUCCCGGUUCCGAUAGCAGACGCAUAUACACUUGUACCACAGAGCAGCUCCUCGUCCAGGAGGAAGAGUCCUCCUUCUGGGCGGGGAGCUGCUCUGUGGUAUGUCGCACUUCGACGACCAUUCGGUGGGUUAAAAAAAAAAAAAAAGCGCUGCAGUUUUCGAUGGAACUUUCAGAUGUGGAAUCCUUGUAGCACUAUAUCCGUGGGUUAAAAAAGAAAAAGAAAACUAUAGUUUUGUAGUUUGGUUAUUCUGUUAGUUUUUCCGUCCAACUGAAAAGGCGGAAGUCUCAACUGGAAAAGCGGAAGAAGAAAAAAAAAAGCUGCGAGACGCUUUUUUUUUUUUGUCUUUCCGAACACAUGAGCUCCAACACACAGAAGACAGAACGUACGACCUACCAAAGAAGAUGGAACAGAGGGCGGAGACAGACACGUCUUUCUUGUCGUUUCCACUUAGUCUGUUUCCUUUUCGUAUGUGGUGGAAUGGAAAAAAAGUAAUGAAGAGAGGGGGAAAGGGGUGUUCGUUUAUGCAAACAAGAGUGCCAUUAUAGACGGCGAAAUUUCUGAGUUCUCCUUCGGGCGACGUUAAAGCUAAAACAUGGAGUAGGAUGCUCAAACUACGGGUUCGCCCACUAAUUUUGAUUCAAACGACCAUACUCAUUCUGAUUCACACGUUAUACUUUUUCAUCCGAGAGCGCUACGUAAACUAAUCGGAAUGCCAAAUAAGUUAAACCUACUGCCGUUAAAAAAAUACAAAAAAAGCGUCCUCCUACCAUUAUACUGUUGUGUUUGUGGGGUCUUUUUUGUUAUAAGUUACAACAGUGCAUUUUUAGCCCAUAUGUACUUAUGUGCAGUACACUGUUUUUAUUCCAUCUGUUACUGAAGAUGGGCGAAAAGAAGGAACCGCUGUGUUUGGUAGCAUCGGUAGCAAAUUGAUACCAAUGCAUUUCCUCUUUGUUUACUUCAGUAAGGUUUACUGGGCAUUGGUACGAAACAUUCAUGCUCAAACAGCGCCAAGAAGACGUGGACAUAAAAGACUGUUCUGUUCUCUGGGUCCGAUAUCCCUUGCGCUUUUUGAUUACGAGUGGCUGUCAAAUAACCUCGCUACUUAUUGCAAAGCAAGUUUCUCGAUAUUUACCCGCGUAAUCAGCUUUCACUAUGUAUAAAGCGAUCUGUAUAUCACAUAUACACACUACUACUUUCUGUCAACAUCGAAGACUUCAUUUCUCGGAGUGUUGUUGCCACGUUUUCCCAUUUUGUUUAUUCGCACGAAGUGUAUUUUAAUGCAAUACAAUUAUCAAGUGCCUUGGC